AUGGGGCCCUGUAAAGGACAUGUGCGUGGUUUUAUUUUCUGGAUCAUUUUGAUUGUCGGAUUUGCGCAACCGAACAAUGGCGACUUGAGUUAUUCUGUGCCAGAGGAAUUAAAGGAAGGGACUGUAUUUGGAAAUAUUGCAAAGGAUCUUGGCGUUAGUGUGAAAGGACUCAGGGAUCGCAAAGCUCGGAUAGACACGGACAGCAACGACAAGCGUUUCUGUAAUCUCAAAGAUGGAGAGCUGGUUGUGCUGGAGAGGAUUGACCGCGAGGAGCUAUGCGGAUCCCAGCCGUCAUGCUCGCUAAAUUACGAACUGGUGUUGGAGAAUCCACUGGAAUUACAUCGGAUUUUCAUGCAGAUUGAGGAUAUAAAUGACAACGCACCUCGUUUUCCCAACAGUGAAAUCAAACUGGAAAUCAGCGAAAGCGCAGUAAAAGGUGCUCGAUUCCCUUUGGGUGAAGCGCACGAUGCCGAUGUUGGGCGGAACGCAAUUCAGAGCUAUUCAUUAGAGAAGAAUGAUUAUUUCAGUCUGGCUGCACAUUCAGGUUCAGAUGGAGGAAAAUAUAGUGAGUUGAUUUUAGAAAAGGAGCUUGAUCGUGAGCAGCAAGAAGAAGUGGCAUUAUUGUUGACAGCUAUUGAUGGAGGCACUCCGCAGAGAUCAGGUACUGCACUUUUACGCGUAACAGUCCUCGACGUGAACGACAAUUUACCCGUAUUUAGUCAGUCAGUUUACACUACCAAUUUAGAUGAAAACUCCCCUGAAGGUACAAAAGUAAUCACAGUUACUGCUACAGACGCAGACGAGGGAGCAAACGGUGAAAUAUCGUAUGAAUUUAGUCGCAUAUCUGAUAAAACAGCCAAGAUUUUCUCGAUUGAUAAAGUGACCGGAGAGAUUACUGUAGCUGGAGUGAUAGAUUAUGAGGAGAAAAAAAUACAUGAAUUGAGAGUUCAGGCAAAAGAUGGUGCAGGCCUUGUAUCGCAUGCAAAAGUCAACAUUGAUGUUAUAGAUGUCAAUGACAAUGCACCAGCAAUACAAAUCAAGUCACUUAAUGUCCCUAUCCCUGAAAAUGUAGCUCCAGGUACAGAGGUGGGAAUUAUUAAUGUUCAAGAUAAAGAUACCGGAGGAAAUAGACAGGUGAGGUGCUCCAUUCAACAGAAUGUUCCAUUUAAACUAAAUCCAUCUAUUAAGAACUAUUAUACUCUGGUUACUACAGCAGAACUAGACCGUGAGCUACUAGCUGAAUAUAAUGUUACAAUUACAGCUACUGAUGAAGGCUCACCACCAUUAUCUUCAUCUAAAACUAUACAUCUUUAUCUGUCAGAUGUAAAUGAUAAUCCCCCUGUGUUUGAGGAGCAGUCAUACAGUGCAUAUGUGUCUGAGAAUAACAAGCCUGGCUCCUCUGUGUGUUCUGUUAGUGCCAGAGACCCAGACUGGAGACAGAAUGGCACAGUCUUCUACUCUCUGUUGCCCAGUGAGGUCAAUGGUGUUGCGCUCUCCUCAUAUUUAUCCAUUAAUGGAGACACAGGGGUGAUCCAUGCUGUGAGGGCCUUUGACUAUGAGCAGUUCAGAAGCUUCAAAGUUCAGGUUGUAGCCAGAGACAAUGGUUCUCCUCCACUCAGCAGCAACGUGACUGUGAGUGUGUUCAUAACAGAUGAGAAUGAUAACUCUCCUCAGAUAUUAUACCCUACUCCAGAAGGAAACUCCUUCAUGACUGAGAUGGUUCCUAAAGCUGCUCUUUCUGGCUCGCUGCUGUCCAAAGUGAUUGCUGUUGAUGCUGACUCUGGACAGAACGCAUGGCUGUCAUAUCAGAUCGUCAAGUCGACUGAUCCGGGACUUUUCACUAUUGGUCUCCACAGUGGAGAGAUCAGGGCUCAGAGGGACAUUUCUGAAUCUGACAGCAUGAAGCAGAACCUUGUGAUCUCAGUGAAAGAUAACGGACAGCCCUCUCUCUCUACAACUUGUGCCGUAUACUUAGUCAUCUCAGAUAACUUGGCUGAAGUUCCUGAACUCAAAGACAUGUCUUAUGAAGAGAACAACUCUAAACUCACAUCUUAUCUGAUCAUUGCUCUGGUGUCUGUGUCCACAUUUUUCCUGACUUUCAUCAUCCUGAUCAUUGCUGUGAGGUUGUGUCACAGGAGGAAGCCCAGACUGUUGUUUGAUGGAGCAGUAGCCAUUCCCAGUGCAUAUUUACCUCCCAACUAUGCAGAUGUUGAUGGAACUGGAACUCUCCGUAGCACUUACAACUAUGAUGCCUACAUGACAACAGGCUCACGCACAAGUGACUUCAAGUUUGUCACCUCUUACAAUGACAACACUCUGCCUUCUGCUACCACUCUGAAGAGGAGCCCAGGUGACAACAGUGAAUGCCUCAACUUCACUUCUCUCGACUUCACUGACACUGCAUCCAAAUGCUCCACUCUGAUCAAGUUCAAAUAA